AGAAAAUCCGUACGCUCCCUUUCUUUCUUUCUCCUCCCAAUACACAAAACACCCCACAACAGUAGAAAGCUUAAUCUUUCGAAAAGCACAAAGCACAUCACCAUGGGUUCUCCAAGCAUAGUCAAGUCGCCAAUCUUCAAUAUGCUGUUCGUUAUCGGUAGCAUGCAGCUCAGCAAGCGAAUCAACUGGGACGAUCCCGACACCUUGCUUUACGCACGCGUUGGUUACUACAGUGCCCAGGUUCUCGUCGUGAUAAUGGCUUACAUGCUUAUGCAUUUGAUCAAGAAGCGAAAUGACACUCGGCCGUUGCGUUAUGUUCCUCAAGCUUCUCCCUCUUUGAUGAACCCUCAACCUGCUACCGAGAGUGAACCCGUUACCACUACCAAUGUCGAGUAUGACGUGUCUCAGGUCAAGCAGUUUAUCCAGUCGACAAUGUCGUCCAUCUUGAUGAUCUCGGCCAUGCACUGGUAUUUCAAGUUCACUCAACCCUUGGUUUUGCAAUCGAUUUUGCCUGUCAAGAACUUGCUUACGCACAAGGUAGCCCUUAUCCAUUUGUGGGGUGAUGCUCCCGAAGGUGAUUUGAAGCGUCCUUUCAAGUCUGAGAGUCCAUUCGCUGCUUUGCUUGGUGGUGCUGGUGGCAAUGAUACCACCGAAUCAUCCUCUUCAACUGACGCUGCCCCUGUGGAUGAUGGCCACGCCAAGAAGGAAUAAGCAUUUGUAGUAGUUGGGGGGAAAGGCUCCAUGAAAAAAAAAGGUUUUUUCAAAAAAAAAAGUAGUAGUAGGGACAAAAAAGCAUUUGGCUUUAUAUGUUGUAUGUACAUGAAAUAUCCAUUACUUUCUUUUUCUUUUAUAAUAAUAGACAAUUGAAUCACUUUUACAUAAUUGAACUGUUAUCCUUUGGAUGUUACAUCCUACAUUGUCAAUAUUUCUUAUCGAAAAAAUCGAGGUCUUGGAAAC